UGUUGUCGUUUCUCGGCGGUCGGCUUCAUUUGAGCGACGCACCGCCGGAGACGAGCGGAGGAUUUCAGUAAAUGUGAUGUGAUUUAUGUCAUUAAUGUGGUUUAUUUGAUCAGAUGUGAAUGCGUUUAUGAUGGAGAGCGAUAUACUGGACAUCCUGGAGCAGGUCGGGUACGACGGGCCGCUGGCGGAGGAGGCGUGUCUGCUGGAGGCGUGUGGGCGGGGCUUCAGCUCAUCUGAAUAUGUCAGUCUGGUGACGUGGCUCUCAUCCAGACUCACACACACACAGGAGCCGCUCAUCACAGAUCCAGACAGAUGCAUGCUGGACACCGGCAGACUGCUGAAGGACCUGUGCUGUCCGUAUAAAGGCCUGGCGGCGCGACUAGCAGACGGAGACGUGAAGGACACCGAGGAGCGUCUGAAGAUCGUCUUGUUCUUGGCGUCGGAGCUUCAAGCGGAGCAGAUGGUGUCCAGUAAGCCGCCGGCGGACGCGGAGGAGCUGGACGCGUCUCUCCAGGAUCUCAGGGUCAUCUGUGAAGCGCUGAAGCUGCCGGAUCCGGCCGGACGAGACGCCAGAGACGCGUUCACUGCUGUGGAGCAGCAGGUGAAGGUUUUACUCAAACAGCUUCCAGAAGCACACGUCGGAGAUCCUGCGUUCAAGAGCUCCCUCCGUCCGGACCAAUGGGGCGAGCUGGAGAAGAUCAGCGGUGUUCUGUCGGCGGAGUACGAGUGUCGGCGGCGCAUGCUGAUCAAACGGCUGGAUGUGACCGUACAGUCCUUCAGCUGGUCCGACAGAGCCAAGGUGAAGAUCGAUCGGAUGGCCAGAGCGUAUCAGUCGAAGCGCUAUUCUCUGUCGCUGCGGUCGGCGGUGAGUGCGGCUCAUCUGCUCGCCGCGAGGCAGGACCUCUGCUAUAUGGUGAAGACCAGCAGCGGCUCGUGCCGAGAGAAAACCAGCUGCGCCAUAAACCGAAUCCUGAUGGGCCGGGUUCCUGACCGCGGCGGACGGCCGUCUGAGAUCGUAGCGCCUCCGCCGGAGAUGCCUGCAUGGCAGAAGAGAUCUGAUGGAGGAGGAGGACACGGCGGGAAUCGAGGAGCAGGAGGAUGGAGAGGCGGACGGAGAGCAGGCCGAUGGAGCAGAGGAGGCCGAGGAGGACAGUACUAUCACUGACCAUAGACUCCGACUGUCUUUCCUCUCGGGAAAUUCAUUUUAAAUAAGCCUGUAGUAGUUUGUUUCAUUGAACUUUUUAAUUUCUACAUGUCCAGCCUGAGAAAUCGUGAAGGCAUCAUGCAUUGCUUCAAAAGCCUGCUGAAAGCAAUGAAGAAUAAAGCCGUUAAAAUUUAUGAAAUGUGACUUUUUUUUUUAACUUUUUUAUAUAUAUAUAUAUAUAUAUAUAUAUAUGUGUAUAUAAAACUACGGCAUGAAGCAGGUUUAGUGGCUAACAUGGGCUGCGUUUCCCAAAAGUAACUAUGGUCGCAAGUUCCGUCGUUACCAAUAGAGUUCAGUGGAACUAACGACUAUAGUUAGCUAACGAUGGUUUUGGGAAAUGCACCCCAGGUAAGUGAGCCAAUCCUGGAUUCUCUCAGAUUUUGUGUGUUCCCAAGGUCCUGAUCCAAGAAUGUGUUUUUAGGUUCCCAUUAUGUGCUGUUUAGAGAGCUAGGGAUCAGGAAUGAUUCCUUAUAGAGAUAUCACUCACUCUCUACUGCUUCACAUUAAAGCACACUGCACAUAGAAAUAAUAUAAGAGAUCAACAAAAUCAGAUUUUCAUUGUAAUGUUGUUUUUCUUAGCCUUUUAAGCUAUAAUUAAAAUAUAUUUAUGUAUUUUUCUUUGUAGGCUUUAAAUGUGUUAAUCUGCAGUGUGGAAGAUUUUUUUCUUUUUCUUUUAGCCAAAUCAAUUUUGAUCGAAUACAUUAAAAACUGCUUAAACUCUGCUUG